UGCUGCGGAAGUUGAAAAUGAACCAGUUGAACGUUUCGCAGUUGCACAGUGGUCACCGGCCGUGGUGGCUUAGAAUCGCCCCUGGUCUUUAAUAACAUUCAAAAUUUCCCUCUUAACAUUUCCCUUUGCACCAAACUUACGCUAUAUUAAUCAGCAACAUGUUCCGCCCCACCGUUCUUCUUAAUGCCGCCACCAAGGCCGCUGCUUUCAGAGCCGCCCCCAUCUCUGCACGCGUCAUGCCCACCGCUGCCGCUCGUUUCUACUCUGCCGGUGCUGGCCUCAGCGAAUCCGAUAUCCAAACCCGUGUCUUAAACAUUUUGAAGGGUUUCGACAAGGUCGACCAAUCCAAGGUUGCCGUUGACGCACACUUUGUCAAUGAUCUUGGCCUCGAUAGUUUGGAUACCGUCGAAGUCGUCAUGGCCAUUGAAGAAGAAUUCUCCGUGGAGAUUCCCGACAAGGAAGCUGAUGAAAUCAAAUCUGCAAAGCAAGCUGUUGAUUAUAUUAGCAAGCGUCCUGAUGCCCACUAAAAAUACUGCUUGAAAUGUAAAAUGUUUGGCGUUUUUUCGGCCCAUUCCAAGUUCAUUUUCCCUGUUUGCAGUAUUGUUGUGAUGGAAAUGCGGAUGAAGAAUGAAGAAAAAAAAAAACGGCUUAUUCCAGUGAAGGAAUAAGAGAAUUGAAAAUAAAGACUGUAUUAGAAGUCAUGUAAAUUGCAAUCGACAAC